CGCAACAAAAUCGUGCGGAACGGAGCGUUGGUACUGCGUCAUCGCGGCGUCACGUCGCGGCGCCGUGCGAUUGGCCGCGGAUGACCCUACCACUGUCCUCUACGACUUCAACUUGCCACGCAGCCGUCGAGCAGUUAACUCCUUCGCUAAAAUUCACUGUCCUAACGCACUUUUGUAAUUUUGAGUAAUAAAUUUUUAUACGCGCAAAAUUUACUUUCUUCUUCUUCGUCAACAUUUCUGGUCCUUCGAGCCGGAUCCUGGAUUUUGGAGACGCAAUCGGCGAGGAAGUCGCAAAAUUACAGUGCAGUUUGGUAAGACGGCCAGCUAAUUUAUCCAACCCUUCAAACUUCAUCUGAGUGAUACUGUGCUUUGUAAAUUCCAGAGCUUUUGGUGUUGCUUGCCUCCUCACGUGCUUUUACGCAACCGAAGAAUCUGCUUCACGUGGCACGUAAGUACUUGUAGCUUUUUACUUCAGUAAUUAUGUCUUUAUCUGAACAAAAGGAGCUUAAGGAUUUGAGGAAAAAAAGGGGUUUAAUUAAAUGUAGAUUAACUAAUUUUAAAAAAUACGUUUCUUCGUUUGAAAAUGUUGACCUUGACACGCAUCAGAGGGCAGAACUAAAACUACGUAUACCAGGUGCUCAAAGUUUAAUGAAUGAUUUCAACCAAGUACAAAGUAAAAUUGAAGAUCUUGUCCCGGAGUCAGAAACGGAUAAACUCAUAGAAUCACGCGUAGAGUUUGAGAGGGAAUAUUAUGUUGUCCUGGCGAUGCUGGACUGCAUGGUAAACCCAGAUAGUUCCGAGGAUAGAUCUGUUAAUAAAUCCAUUGACUGUUCCUUAGCGCACGACCAUACGACCUGCAACAAUUUUAGUAAUGAUUCAGUAAAAUUACCGACUAUUUCUGUACCUAGCUUUGACGGUUCACAUGAACACUGGGUAGAAUUUCGCGAUACGUUUUCAUCCUUAAUUCAUGAUUCGAAAUCAAUACCACCAAUUCAAAAAUUUCAUUAUUUAAAGGCGAGUUUAAAAGGCGAUGCUAAAAUUGUAAUAGAAAACGUUGAAUUUUCAUCCAAUAAUUAUCUGGUUGCAUGGGAGCUUUUACUAAACCGGUUUAAUAACACGCGAUUAAUAGUGCAAAGUCACAUUAAAGCAAUAUUUUCCCUGCAAAACGUUUCCAGAGAAUCAGCUUGUCAAUUGCACAAUUUAAUCGAUACAAUUUUGAAAAAUUUACGUAUUCUUAAAAUCUUAGGAGAACCCACUGAAUACUGGGACACAUUAAUUAUUUAUAUCGUGGUAUCAAAGUUAGAUCCCACCACUGAACGUGAGUGGGAACAAUUCAAGAAUACUUUUUAUAAAAUACAUAAGGACAAAAUUAUUAAGCUAGAUGAUUUAUUGAAAUUUAUAAAAGAAAAAGCCGAUUUAUUAACUACACUUUCCGUAAAUCACAGUAAACCUAGUAUUUCGAAUAAUUCAAAUAAAUUUUCUACUUACCAAAAUAAAAAUUCAUCAUCCAAAAUUCAUUGUAACAUAGUUUCAGAUAACAAACACUCAUUUAAUUCUAAAUCGCAAUCCAAUAAGUCGCGCAGCCAUUACAAGUCAUGUUUGCUAUGUAACGAAAAGCAUCAGCUAUAUUCAUGCCAGAAGUUUCUCGACUUGUCCCCGCAACAUAGGCUUAAUUUAAUUACGGAUAAAGACUUAUGCAUUAAUUGUAUGCGUCCAGGUCAUUCGGUUGGUACUUGUCUUUUUGGUCCGUGUCGAAAGUGUGAACAAAAGCACAAUAGUUUACUUUGUGAUGCAAUUAAAUUAUCACCAAUUAAACAAAAUACAGUGACGUUAACUACGUACGAGCACCCCUCGCUUACUAAUACGCAUACCGUUUCAGCAGAUAACGCACACAGCCUUACAAUGCAACUUCAAUGUACUAAUCACGCACAAACCGUUAUGUAUACAAAGGAUGACAAUUCUUCGCAACAGAUUGUCAUAUUGUCUACGGCGAUAGUUGAAGUAUUUAAUGAAUCGGGUGAGUAUUAUUGCGCACGCGCAGUUUUAGAUAGCGGAAGCGAGCGAUCUUUUAUUACGCAAUCUUUAGCAAAUAAAUUAAAUUUACGAAUAUUACAGUCCACUCAACAUAUUCACGGUGUAGGUAAUUCUAUUACGCAAUGUUCGCAAUCUUGUAACAUUGAAAUUAAAUCGCGCGACGGGAGCUUCACUGCCCGUUUUCAAUGUUUGAUUUUGCCCCAAAUCACAUCAAAAUUGCCUACAACUACAUUUAAUUUCAAUCAAUUUAAUGUUCCUCACAAUUUAUUGUUAGCUGAUCCCAAUUGUUACGAAAGUCAACCUAUUGAUUUACUGAUCGGUGCUGAUUUAUUUUGGGAAUUAAUAACCGAAGGAAAAAUGCGCCUUAAAAGUGGUCCUUUCCUUCAAAACACCAAAUUAGGUUGGAUAGUGUCAGGUUCAAUUAAAUCUUUUCCGUAUUCUAAUAAUAAAAAUUCAACAUAUAUUAAUUGUAAUUAUUCGUCAUUAUCCACGGAAGAUGAUUCACUCGAUAAGUUGGUUAGGAAUUUCUGGGAAUUAGAAGAACUAUCCGCGCCUAGCAAUAAAUUACAGCAAUUAUCUAGCGAAGAUACUGCUUGUGAGAAACAUUUUAUUCGCACAACACGUCGACUUUCCGAUGGUCGUUUCUGUGUUUCAAUUCCGUUGAAACAAUCACCUAAGUUAUUAGGUAAUACACGCGCACAAGCUGAACGUCGUUUUUACGCGUUAGAGAAACGUCUUCAGCAAAAUACUAAUUAUAAAAAGAUGUAUUCUGAUUUUAUACAGGAAUACAUUCAUUUAGGUCAUAUGAGUCUCGUCAAUUCGUAUGGGAAUCCGCACUAUUUCCUACCGCAUCAUGGUGUGUUUAGGGAGCAUGCCACAACAACUAAAUUACGCGUAGUUUUUGAUGCGAGUAUGAAGUCUAGUUCCGGCGUAUCAUUAAACGACAUACAAAUGAUUGGACCUGCUAUUCAAGGCAGUUGAAUAUUGCUGAAGAUCAGCGUGACCUGCAGCUGAUCUUGUGGCGGGAUGAUCCCUCAGAGCCACUGAGGGUGUACCGACUCAACACCGUGACGUACGGAACGGCAUCCGCACCGUAUCUAAGUUGUAGAUGUUUAAAGAAAUUAGCCAAACACU